AUGGCGUUGCUAGCCCUCAAGCUGACGCUUGCGGUGGUUCCUCUUGCGAUCCUUUAUGCGCUGCUCUUCCUGGGCCGACGAGAGAAACACCUUCCACCUGGGCCUCCAACCGUGCCAAUCAUCGGGAAUGCCCAUUUGAUACCGCGCAAGGGAGCACAUUUCACAUUUCUUGAGCUAGCUAAGAAAUAUGGCGGCAUGUUCUCUCUGAAAAUCGGCUCCAACACAUUGAUCAUUCUCAGCGAUCGGCGAAUUAUUAAAGAGGUGCUCGAUAAAAACAGUUCGAUCUCCAGCAACCGGCCCGACCUAUCAGUGGCUCACACCAUCACCGGUGGAGAUCAUUUGCUGUUCAUGGACGCCGGGGCAGAAUGGAGACUGUUUCGACGGUUGUUGCACCAAGAAUUCAUGUCCUCUCGGUGUGACAAGGUACACAUCGAAACCCAAAACGCGGAGGCCGUCCAGAUGCUACGAGACUUCAUUGUCUAUCCCGAUCAGUAUAUGCUCCACGCCAAACGGUUUAGCAAUAGUAUUAUCAUGAGCCUCCUUUUCGGUAUACGAACGCCGUCCUUUGAUACACCACACAUGCAAAAGCUCUACCAUUUAAUGGAUCACUGGUCGAAAAUCAUGGAGAUCGGAUCUACCCCCCCGGUCGAUGUGUUCCCGUUUCUUCAAUACAUCCCCGAACGAUUCCUCGGGAACUGGAAAGGCCGAACAGCGGAGGUCCAGCAGGAAAUGCUGGGUCUCUACGGGGAGAUUGUGAGACAUGUCAUGGACCGAUGGAAGACGGCUGGUAGCCGCGGGUGUUUCAUGGAUAACGUUUUGGACCAAAACGGGAAAUUGGGUCUCAACGACCACCAGCUGUAUUUUCUCGGUGGGGUGGCAUUGGAAGGGGGAUCAGAUACCUCUUCUUCGGUGAUCAACACCUGCAUGCAUGCUUUGGUCCAGUGGCCCGAGAUCCAAAAGAAAGCUCAACAAGAGAUUGACAGCGUUGUGGACGAGACCCGGACCCCGGUCUGGUCCGACUUUGCCAACUUGCCGUACGUGACCCAGGUGGUGAAGGAGGCGCAAAGGUGGCGUCCGGUGGGUGGUCUGGGUAUACCCCAUGUUCUGACGGAGGAUCAAUGGGUCGAUGGCAAGCUGUUGCCCAAAGGAGCCACCGUGAUGACGAAUGUGUGGGAGUUGCAUCAUGACGAAAAGCGGUAUGCCAAUCCCGAUGUCUUCGAUCCCGAGCAUUAUGCCGGCUAUACCAAGGUGGCUCCCGAAUAUUUAACGGCCAGUGAUCCUGAGGCUCGAGAUCACUACGCCUAUGGGAACGGGCGCCGAGUGUGUCCCGGCAUCCACCUGGGCGAGCGGAACAUUUUCUUGGGCAUUUGCAAGCUCCUGUGGGCGUUUGAGUUCCACAAGGCGGUAGAUGCCAGUGGCAACCCGAUUGAGACUGAUAUCAACCCGACGACUGCAUACAGCGAAGGGUUUAUCACCUCGGCCAACAAAUUUCCCUGUCGCAUCGUCCCGCGCUCCGAGAAGCGCAAGGCGACCAUCAUGCGCGAGUUUGCGGACAUGGAGCGUGUAUUCUCCAAGUAUGAAACU